GGGACCAUCGACAAGACUCGGAGCGAAAUGAAAGAAGCCGGCGCUAGCCGCCCCGCGGGUGGCGGGGAGGGAGCACUCCUGCGGAAGCUUCUGUCCGUCGAAGGGGGCAGCGACCACGCCAUCAAGGACGUCAGCAACCGCAUGACGCUUUCCGACGAGGAGAUCGUGACGCAGAGCAAAGGGGCUCAGGUCCCUGAAGUCAGGUUGGUGACUGGCACACACAGCUCGUAGGCCGAUUUUCAAAGUAUAGCUCGGAUUGCUCCACGAUCGUUGACAAGUUUCGGGCGGGAUAUGAAUGGUGAGAAUGGACGAUGUGCUGACCUUACCCCCCUUCACGUUCACAAUAAUGAAAUAUCGUUUUAAGGCAGGAGUGGCAGUGUUGUUUUACGUUCCAGCCCCUCCAUUGCCUCCUGCUGCUUCUAGGCCAUUUCGGCCUCAUCUUUUCUAAUAUUGGCACCCAUUGACAGGUUUUGCAUCGUGGUUCCCUUUUUUCCCCCGGUGCUGUGUUUCGAUCGGUAGGGGUUUGUCGACCCUCGUCUUUUCGUACACAAAGUCGACUUCCAACCGGUAACCCCUUCGCCCUCGUCACGCGUUCCACCGUGCUGUGUCGCUCGCGAUUUCGAAGCCUGUUCCUUGCGGGUUCAGAGACGACGGCGAAGACGCUCUCGUGGGCGGUUUACUUUCUGGCCAAGCACCCCGAGAUGCACUCCAGGUGUCGCGAAGAGGCCCUAAGAGCGGCGCCACUCAGGCGAGGACCCGUUCUUGAAGUACUGCAUUCCCUGCUUUGUGGACGCACAUGUUUUUUCAAGAAAUCGUCCCCAACAGCAAGGGGGGGCGUGUCCUGGAAACCUUGUUUUUGAACCCAUGCUUCUGGAAAGGAUGGCGCCCUUGAAGGGGAAUAUCCUUGAUUUUGUGUCCUCGUGAGGCGGGGGCCACCGUUGUAAUUGCUGUCGUGGUACGAUGUACAAUGCAAUAUUUGUCAGGGAUUGUCAGCGUUGUAGCUCCUUCGUCACGCAGUCUGGCUGUUAUGGCCCUCAAGCAAUGGGGCUCCUCCCUCGGGUAGCAUCACACAUUCUCGAUGUUCCCGAUACCACCUACUAUCGGAAGGCUGCAGUCGAAGCAUUAGCAUGUACUUGGGACAAGCACUUACGCAGAAGGCAGUGAGAUCAACAUUUCCUCGAUAAGGAGCAUCCUCGCGUUCCUCAUCGUGGAGGAUAUUCGUAUCGUGGAGAAUAUUGAUAUCGUGAGCUGUUUGCAUUCCACGUAAUCCUUGCGUCACCGACCGUGAUUGUUCGUGCGCCGGCGCUGCGUUGUGGCGGAGGCAGCGAUGGCUUAGUGUCUUCCAGCGAGCAGGCGUCUCAGCUGGUGUAUUGCUCCGCGGUGUUUGAGGAGACACUCAGGCUUCGCCCUGCGGCAACGGUGCUGUUCCUUUACAACACGGUAGGCUGAGGACAUGCUGUAUCGUCGUGUGGAACAUACAACAGGAACAGGAAUAGUUUGGUACAGUUGGUCUGGCCACUUGUUAUGUAAACCCACUGGAAGUCUUCAGUUCGGUCACAUCCGUCGCAAUUCAUCGGUCACUCGGUCGUGCAUUGAUCUGCUAUAGAGGAGCUCCGACCCGCUAACAAUACAGCGGAAACUGUCAAGAGCGUUCAACGGCUCUGGGUAGAAUUUGGCUAUCUCGCGUGUGGAAGAAGAGCGAACAUCGAGAGAGCGUGCACCACGACACGUCGCUUCCAGGAAACCACCACAAUGAAAAGCGGGUUGGAGCUCGAGGCCGGCACGGCGUUCACCCUCCUCCUCCGGUAUCCCUGUCUCUCGGAGCACUCGUUCACAAGGGCAAGAGAAUUCGUGCCCGAAAGGGCGAGAACGUGUUUGACGACCGCUCAUGGCUUUCUCGUACCUCCGUUUCGUCGGUUGCUGCGAAGUAGACCCUUGGCCAAGGCCACCUUUGCCUGGAAAUGGUCUCCACAUCCUGCGAAACGCCUGCGCCGCGCUUGCUACAUGCCAAGCUCUUGGAACGGUCCUCGAGGGUGUUCACUCACCAGUCCUAUUUGCACCCUCCAACCGUCCUGUUUGCGUGACUUCCACGACGUUUUCGCGGAACAAGGUGGAUUGAUGCUGAGCGUGAGGAGGCUCUUUUGGGCCAAUCAGCGGACCGGAAGAGCAGCGAAGUCGUUCACUGCGAAGAGGUAGCGCAGGCCUUUGGUGGAGGGCCCCGUAAAUGCCCCGGAAUGGUGAGUGUUCUUCCGCUGAAACGUUUGGUCCCGCACAUGUGUCUAACCGAACCAUCAAUAUAUAUGGUUGUUCGGAAGCUGCUGACCGCUGCUUUGUUGUUGGCCGACAUGGAGAAGCUGUGGGCUUGCUCAGGGUACCGCUAGCGUUUGAAGAACCUCAGACAAGCCACGAAUGGAACUUGAGAGGGAAAGCGAACGGCCACCUUAGACAGAAGGCGCGUUGGCUGAGAACGAGAAGGUCUUACAGCCGUAUAUUAUCUCCUUUGCUAUUGACGAAGAAGAUUGCGGUCGACAUUGACUGCUGACGUCAGUGUACUCCGCUGAUUGUUGUACCCUCUCUGUGUUGCUAGGGCAUGGCACACCUCGAGGCUGCCAUUAUCCUUGCAGCCAUAUCCGCUCGCUUCGAUCUGGCCCUGGCACCAGGACAGGUAGUUGAAAUGGCACAGGUGCGGUCACCCCUACAGGGUCGCAACGGCAACCACCAAAGGCUUGCGCCGGUGGGUGUUUCUCGCAUCUGAAGAGCGGGCGCCAAAACUCGCCUUGAUUGGAAACGGGUUGAUACCUACAGCUGCGUAGGUUGUGGAAGCAGCUUUUGGCAAUCCACGGAGUUCCGAUGUAUUGGCAAUGAUGGAGGCGGUAUUGAUGGAUGGCUGGAUGACAUGGAGAUGCAUCAACACACGCGAGUCUGUCAACUGGUAGGGCCGGGAGUGCCCUGGGCAACACGGAUGUCGUGCGCGGAUCUAUCGUAGUUCAAAAGGUAUCGAUAAUGUCUGAGAUUUUUGUGCUUUUUCUUGCAUAGCCUGAUUUGGACGUCAAACUUUCGGGACAUGUAGAGGCGGGGUAACGCGGGAUGGAGGCUAUAGAGGAGGUAUUUUUUCUUCUCUAUAUUCUUCUUGCGGUCACCGAGGGUGUAGCAGGACAACGGGGUUCUGAUUGGCUACAACUGAGGACCGCGUUAUGUUAGGUAGAAGACAUGCAAACAGUGUAAGAGAAACUCCUGUUCGUGAUAGUUGCUGUGUGUGUCGACAGAGUGACGUAGAACAACUUGAUUGGACAUAUUGCAUUGCGGGACUGUCUGCGUUGAAGAUCGUUGAGUAGCCACAUAUUAUCAGAACAGCAAGGAACGUUCUGUGGGAAUGUUCUUCGUGGAUGGUGCAUUACCCCGAGUGUGUUUCUUGUGGAUAGUGCAUCAGUCAGAGGAUUCAUGAUACGUUGUGAUGUACGUUAGCCCCUGUCUGUUGAGUGUUUGUGUUCCGAUAUCAUUGUGUUCUGCUUUUGUGCGUUGGUCGAGCGACACGGGUGGUGGCUGCGGUGCUACGGUGCUGUGGUGCUCCCCACCCUUGCUCAGUUCACCUUUUGACCUGUUCUCCUGGUCCAAGGUCUCAACAAUAAAACAUCUUUUCCCCAGAAGCCACGAGUUUACCAACAACUCCCACGCCGAACCCUCCGAUGCCACAUCAGCACAAGGCUGAAUUUCGGCCCUUUAGGGGGCUGAGGUCAUGAGAGGCACGCUCUAGGAGAACCGCAGAUCUACAUUACAAAUGACAGGGAGGAGGGAACCCUUCCUACCAAACAAAGUUACACUUCAUCGCAUUGGUUGCAAAUGCUCUCCUUGCGUACUACUUCGUAUACUAUUUUGUCUUCGAGAGCCGCUUGUCGUUGAUCUGUGGCAGAGGGCCUCGCGAGAGGAAGAAACUCGUUUUGGGCGAUAGCGACUUUGGCGUAGGCGGUAAAACCUAAGCGAUUGAUUGUCCGCGGUAUACCGGAACUGCCCACCAGGGCGCCAUUUCACGGCGGUAAAUUACCGAAUAGUCAAAACCCUCUUGUCUAAAGUGGACUAUCAUCGUGGCACACGUGAAACAGGGUACACUUCUUCGGUGCUGCUACGGGUGGGCAGUGGGGGAAGCGGCAGCACCUUACCGGCAGGGCAGAUGCCUUGGUUACACCGCCACCUGGAUCUCGCUCUACAAGACUUCGAUCGAUGCAAGCAUAGCACCCAACAGCGUCCAGCAGCUGAGGGGGGCAAGAGGUGCAACAAGACUCUACAGAGAACAACCAAACUCCUCCAAUUGACUCGAGUGGAAACCAACCAACGCCUUCUCUUCUUUUUUUGCGGGCAAGGUGCAUGCCUUCAACAGCCAGCAAAAACAUUUGAGACCCGCUGCUGUCUCUCGCGCUCUGCAAGAUUCCGCUUCAACACAGGAUACGCACAAGUGUAUUGCGGCGUUUAGCCAUCCAUAAGGUGGUACUGCUGUACCCACUAGAAAGCCGGGUAGCUCGUUAGGGUGUCUAUUUAUUGUAGACAUCCGUUUCCAGAUCACCACACGUAGCCGUGGAGUCCGAAGGCGGGGCAUGAGUUUUACACACGCUGCACUUUGGUCAUCAUCGACAACGGACAGCAGUACUUCCGCUCCUUGUGUCGGCACAUUGGUAGACUCUAUGUACCUGCUCCUUACGAUGACACUCAUUGGAGAUGCGUCAAAUUUUUCACCGAGGGUCGUGGGAAACCUGCUGGACAUUGGACUUGGACUUAUUGGGUAUGCAUUGAUGCCGUACUUCGUGCUGUCCAUGUUCUACCUGAUACCAGAUAGAUGCACAAAAUGGGUACCACAUUCUGUCUUGUUGACUGUUGAAAAUACUCGCUGCUGACCUUCAUGACGGAUGCUCUUCAACGGGAUUACGACAUGGUUGCGACAAGAUGUCUCGGCAAACCGCUCUGAGGAACACCAGGGAAGUUGACAACAAUGGCCACAUUGGAUGUAUAUCACUUGAACACUUUCCGUGCUCUACUGAUGCUGAUUACCAACACCAAACAUACCAGGAAACCAGCUAACAUGAUACAAACUGAACGCUAUGCCCUACCUACCAUGCACCAGGUGUACCAUUCUCUUCUACUUGUAAGUAUCACUGAUACGCUACCCCAAAGGGUCAAAUAACUUUUUUUUUUUUGGUUUGAAAAACGAGUGAUUUACUGCUGUAGCCUUCUUUCCAUCUUCCAUGAUUUUACAUCAAUAUUAUUAUGUAUUUCUCCUUAAAUUCCUAAAACCAGCAAGCUGUCAAAAGACACUGCGCCGUGUCCCCUGUGAAGGUUACAUCUUACAGUACACGACACUACGGAGGGAUUCUCCU